UUCGAGCCUAGAAUCUAAGUAAAGCCCUAGACUUUUAAAUAUUCUUACAUGGUGGAAUUAGUCCAGAAUUGGUUAAGUAUAAAUAGAUGAGCACUGAGGACUUAGAGUUCAAGCAACCUAAGCUUCUAACUAGUUUCUCCUCUGGAGAUGGAGAAGAUCUCGCGACUGGUGUCAGAGAAUGGAGUUGUGAUCUUCAGCAAGAGCACAUGCUGUUUGUGCUAUGCGGUGGACAUUCUGUUUCAAGAACUGGAAGUGAGGCCAGUCGUUUAUGAAAUCGACAAAGAUCCCGAGGGAAGGGAAAUGGAGAAGGCUCUCUACCGGUUGGGGUGCAGUGCGCCCGCGGUUCCAGCAGUGUUCAUAGGAGGCAAGCUUGUGGGAUCAACCAAUGAAGUCAUGUCACUUCACUUGAGUGGCUCCCUUGUAACUCUGAUCAAGCCAUACCAGGCUGUGUUAUCAAAUUAAACAAUACCAUGUCAACAAAAACAAUGUAACAUUCUAAGAUAAAAAUAAGCUUGGCUCAGUAGCACUUUCAGCUCCCUUUUAAUCAGUCUAUAUAAUUUGAUCUUAGGCA